AUGGAUAACGACUCAAAUAACAUAAGCAAGGAUUCAGCUGGUAUACCUAUAGCAACCAUAGCCAGACUAUUUCAGAGUGCAGCAUUUAAAAAUGAGAAAACCCGUAUUACUCAAAAGACUUUACAGCUAUCUUCAGAAUACAUCAAAUUAUUUAUAAACGAAGCGUUGAUACGAUCAAACGAGGAAAGAUUGGCAGAGGGUGACUCGUUGACUAAAGUAGAUGGCAUAGAUAAUUUAAAUAAGCCUCGUGAGAUUGAACACAAGGACAUUGACGCAAGGGUUGCUGAUGAUACUAUGAAUGACGGAAGUGAACCAGAGGACGAGGACGAUUUGGAUGAUCCAACACAAAUUGGCACCCAAAACCAGACAGCAUAUAACUCGGAUGUGGAUCUAGGGAAUGACACUUUAGAUGUAAAACACUUGUCUAAAGUUGCCGGAAUUUUGGUGUUGGAUUUCUGA